CAUCAAGCCGGUGCUGAACCGGCUUUAAACAUGCUGACUGCUCCGGGACCAGAACUUUCUCUGAACCAGUUCUGAUGGACCAGAAAGCCUGAGAACAUUUGGGGGAAAGCACACUGUGAAAUAUUCCUUUGAUCUGAUUCUGAGCACAGAAACUGGAUCCCACAACUGGACUUGGUCUUGAACUCUGCUGGACCCUGAGCACGAGCUUGAUCAGAAUCAGAGCCAGGUUCUGAGAUCUCCAUAAGAAGACUGCAUCCAGUCAAACACUGGAUUUCUGACAGUUGUGAUCCAGAUUCUGGUCCUGGUCCAGACUGUGACCCACAUCCUGAUCCAGAUCCUGAAUGCGGUUCUGAUCUUGAACAGAGAGACAAACAUUCACAGUAAACAAACAAACAACAAGCUAUGAGUGGCAGACUGAACCGAGGAGCAGGAGGAGGGAAGAAGGUUUUCCUCAGUGCUCACCGCUGCCCUGAAGUCGACCUGCUGCCCCAGCAUGACCAUGACGCACAAAUCCCCCCACUGAGUUCACUAGUUCCCACAGAGAAGAGCUCCGAGCUCACCUGCCCAGGUAAGCGUGAGGCACAUUACCUGGACAUCUGCUCCCCCUGUUUCUCCAGGGGAGCAGAGGAGGACGAUGACGGAAGCAUCAGCGACUGGUCGGAGGAGGAUCUCUCCCUCCACUUCUCCUCAUCUGUCAUCCUCCAAUCAGAUGACGAGGAAUCUGACCCAGGAAGUGGCUUUGAGUGUGUCGAUGUUACCAUGGAAACACAGGUGAACGCUCAGGAGGGGGAGGGGCAAAAGAUGGUCCCUAAACGACAGAUUCAGUUGAAAAAGAAGCAAGACUCAGAGAAUGUCAUCAACCAGGGGAACACUGAGAAACUACAGGUGAUGCUGAAAGAUGAACCUGCUGAAGAGGGAGGAGGUUACAAUAAUGUGUCAGCCGAUGAACUAGUCUGUCCAUCUGUCUGUCAACACCCCAACAUGUUGCUACGGCAACACAGUAUGCCUGCCUCAUUCCACUCGCGCUCAGUGGCCAGCAGUGAUGUCGAUGGCUACAGGGUCUACAAGGGCCUAAUCGCAGGGGCCAGCCAAGGGUUAGCGGUUGGAGGAAGCUCGAGACGCCUUCAGAAAUCCCUGUCUCUAGAUGAAACUAAAACAAAGAUGGCAUCUUGCCUCAUUAAAAACGUCCUUUCUAAGAAGAUGCAGGUGGAGCAGACUAGCAGUAACCCGUCUCAUCUGAAGAAGACACCCGAGGUGUUACCUGUGUUACCUGCAGAGCUGCAGGGGGGGAGGACAGGUGUGUUCAAGGCUCCAGUUCAUGUGGUAAGAGACAUGAGGAGUUUAGUGAAAAACACCUACAGCCUGUCGUUCCCAACAACAACACCUGGCAACAACCAGCCAACAAGCUUCAAGGUUAUUGGUCAGGAGGACAGCCCUCCCCCCACCUACCAGCAGGCUGUGGGGUUCAAAGGUCAUGUUGCCAAGGUAGCUGCAUCUUUCAGCCAAUCACAGAACAGGAAACACAACAACACGUUCAGCUGUCCAGCCACACAGCAGAGACGAGGCAGCGAGCCAAUCAUGAGCAGACGAGGAAAUGAUGACAUCACCUGGCCUGUCAUGUUAGACCUGCCCACUACCUCACCUGUAAGCAGUGACCUGUCAGAGCUCAGCCAAUCAGAGAGAGCUGGGAAGUCCCACCCUCACCCUCCUCCACCCCCAAGGACUCAGCUUCCACUCUGUGACCUGGAACAGAGCUCCAUCCUGUAUGGGUCCUCCCUGUCUGCCCCUGGUUCCUCCCAGCAGGUCCUCCAGCCCUGCUUCUACACCCCCACUGUUCUGCCCACCUUCUCCCACAGCCUGUACCCCCACCUGGGGAAGGUCAACUACAUCCAUGGCCCCCUGAGCUAUUCCCAGACCCAGCUGCAGCUGCCUCCACCUGCUCCCAGGACCACGGGAGCUACAGAGGGACACGGCAAUGCAGUGACACCUGCAAUGCAUGGGCAACAACAACAGCAGCAGCAACAGCAGCAACACCGCCAGCAACAGCCAUUUCUGUGCAAGGUUCAGGGUUUCUUACCUGCACAGGUGGGUGGUGACUUCAUUGUUGACAUAGCUCAGUCUGCUCCAGCACCUGAAGCCCUCUUCAGUGUUCCUGGGCCUUGUCACCUGGUGUUGGACCCUAAAAGUGGGCAGUGCUUCUAUGUGGACCCACCCCCACAGCCUCAAAAAAAGAUGCUGCUCGACCCAGAAACUGGCCAGUUCAUCCAGGUGUUCCUGCCUGGAGCAAGCUCCGCCUCCAACAUCACCUCCAUGUUGCCAGGGCGCUGUACUAAUCCUGCCCCCAUUAUGAUAAAGCCCGCCCCUGCUGGGCUGCAGGUGGGUGGUGCUAACCCUACCAUGUUUUCAGUGAUUCGGCUCCCGCCACCAUUGGCCGUGUCCUCCUUGUACGGCCCGCCAUGCCUCCCCCUUACUGUGAUGACAUCACACUUACAGCACCAUGAUGACAUCACACCUACAGCACCAUGA